GUGUUUUUGAUACAAAACUGACGCAGCAUCAUCUAUAGAUGGCCUUGCAUCAUUCACUUUUCACGCCGGCGUGGUUGGUUACUUUUGUCGUAUAGUUAUUUAUUUGAUAUUGAUAUAACUCGAGGGAGAUCCAAAAUCACGGAUUCAGAUUGUUGAAACUGUAUUUCUUCUGUUUGGCGAAGAACUUAUACCUUGAAUUGCUGGAUAUUUGAAUUUGAAGCUAGUGCAAGUUGAAGUGAUUGUAAAGCAAGAUCAAGAUAAGCAUAAGCAAAGCCCCACUUUGCUAGCUUGAGCUUGAACUUGAACUGGCGCCUACUUAGUUCAAUAAUUUUGAAACUGCUUGUUUUAGUUGAAGCAAGUUUUGGCACAUUUGGGCAGAAUGCCUGCUGCAGUGGAAGAUGACACCAUCAAGGUCGACAAGUGGGAUGGAUCAGCUGUGAAAAAUGCUCUGGAUGAUGCUGUCAAAGAGACGCUGCUCACCAAGUACAAGUACUCUGAGAGCCACUGGCUGAUGGACUGGCGGCUGGCCAUCUGCACUCUGGCGGUCGGCCUGUCGGGCCUGGCCAUCGUCUGGGACUUCCUGCACCCGUUCCCCGCCUCCAGGCCGGUGCUGAUUUUCUGCGUGUGCUCGUAUUUCGUGCUGAUGGGUGUGCUGACUCUGUACACCACCUACGUGGAGAAGAAUAUCUUCCUGGUGGCCGUGCAGAAGGAUGCCGCCGGAGUGGACCCCGACUCCAAGUGGGAAGUCAGCUCCUCACUCAAACGGUUCGAUGACCAGUACACCCUGUCCGUGCGGUACGUGGACGGGUCGUCCAAGCGCGAGCGGCAGGCCUCGGUCACGCGAUCGGUGGCCGCCUUCUUCGACGAGAACGGCGUCCUGGUGCGCGAGUGUCUGGUGCCCGUGGUCACCAAGCUGCACAACAGUCUGCUCUCGGGAAAGAAAGACAAGUAGGCAGCGCUGAAGAAGGGUGAAGGGCGAAGAGGGGGCAACGGCCACAAAUAGUGACGCCACUGCCUUCGAAGAUGGAGGUGUUUUCGAAGAGGGAUGGGGUUGGGUAGGUGGAAGCUAUUAGCGCUGCACCUCAUGUUCCAGGAAACGCCUAUCUCAUCACACUGGUGACCCAGCCAAAGUGGCGACGGCGGAGCGUUAGUUUCCGUCACUCGGCACAUGCUGGUGAAUGUGGGGCGGGUGACAGCGAGCGCUGCGAAGUGCUGUGUGGGAUGGAACUUUUAAUCGAGAGAUGCGAGGGUGAGGUGCGGGUGAACGCUUGCAACAGAGCUAGUUGGUGCGAGGCGCGCCUGAACGCGAGUGCACAGUUUCUUGGGGGCGUGUGGUAUGGGCUCCUCUGUUGCCGGGUGCGUUAUUUUCGUGUCGUUUGGUGUCCUUUUUGGUGUCGCAAGCCUAGUUCGGUGUCCGUUUUUUCUUCAGAAACAAUACACAAAAGUAUCGGG